AUGAAUUCCCGAAAACCUCGCCGAAAUAAUAACAACAAUCAUCCCGGCAAUAAUAAUCACUCCACCAACAACCAGUUCACCGAUUAUGAAUCCGACGCCGCCUACUUCUCCGACAUGCAACAACAGCAGCAGCCAGCUCCUCCCUCGCGCACCAACGAGGAGAUAAACCUCGCCGUCCUGCGUCGCCACAACCCAGACAUCACCUCCAUCCUCUCACUCGCUCAAUAUGCCGUCGUAUACAUCUUCAGCCCCACGACGCGACAAUGGGAAAAGAACGGCGUGGAAGGCACGCUAUUCGUCUGCCAGCUCACCCAGGGUAGCCUCGGCGAGGAGAGAUACACUGCAUUCGUACUGAAUCGACGUGGGCUCAACAAUUUUGACCUGCAACUGACGGACGGCGACAACGUGGAGUUGACGGAGGAAUACGUGAUUCUCAAGGCAGAUGAGAGCGACACCAACGCUACAAAUGGCGUCGCAGACUCCUCAACCCCACAGGCUGGUCCGUCAAAUGGUACCGGCACGCCCGGACUACGUAUCUACGGUAUUUGGAUCUACUCAGAGCCACCGCCGAGCUCAACUGCACAGGCGCGGACGAUCAAUGCGGAGAAGAUUCGCGAGUGCGCCGCCCACGCAGGGCAGAGCUUGAAGCUGGCGCGGGAGCGUCUGGAAGCUAUUCGCCAGCGCGGUCUCCAUGCCGCUGCAGCUGCAGCCGAGGCUCAGGUGGCCCCUCUACAAGAGGUUCAAGCGAGUGUGCCCAUGGGCCGUCAAAUAUCCUUAAAGGACCUUUUCGGGCAGCAACGUGCCCAAGAUGAUGGGUGGAGUGUGCGUGCGCAUCAUAUGGGUCCAGUGGAGCAGCAACAGCAGGAACAAGCUCAGCAGGAGCAAUAUCAGCAACCGCCACCCCAGCAGCAUUACCAGCAUCCUCCGCAACAGCAGUACCAACAGCCCCCGCCGCAGCAGUACCCACCGCAGUACUAUCAACAACCUCAAGAGUACCCUAUGGGACCUCAACCGCAUCAACAACCACCAGCUCCCCCACAAGCACAAUCAGAUGUCCUCGGCGACCUCUUCCGCAGAGCCGGAUUUGCAUACCAGGGCAACGGGCAAGGACAGUAG